AUGCCUCCCAAAGCCCAGAAGACUCCCACCACCGGCGGCAAGGCCCCAGCCGGCAAGGCUCCCGCUGAGAAGAAGGAGGCUGGCAAGAAGACCGCCGCUCCCUCUGGCGACAAGAAGAAGCGCACCAAGACCAGGAAGGAAACCUACUCCUCUUACAUUUACAAGGUCCUCAAGCAGGUCCACCCCGACACCGGUAUCUCCAACCGUGCCAUGAGCAUCCUGAACUCCUUCGUCAACGACAUCUUCGAGCGCGUUGCCACCGAGGCCAGCAAGCUCGCUGCCUACAACAAGAAGUCCACCAUCUCAUCGCGCGAGAUCCAGACAUCAGUCCGCCUGAUCCUGCCCGGUGAACUUGCCAAGCACGCCGUAUCUGAGGGUACCAAGGCCGUCACCAAGUACUCUUCAUCCACCAAAUAG